AUGACGAGGAGAAAGAGGAAUGCAAUAAGAGUUAGCAUGUGGAAAUGGAAAUACAACGUGGUUCCUUACGUCAUUGAGAAGAGUGGAAUUAGUGACUAUGGUCUAAGUGUUAUUCAGUCAGCAAUAGACCAAUACAACAGUGACCAGUCCUGUGUGAAGUGGAGAAAACGGACUACCGAGAGGGAUUACGUCAUCAUAAAAGACGGAGCCGGAUGCUAUUCGUCUAUUGGUCGGGACACUGGACCCCAGGAUCUCGUCCUAGGCACUUCCUGCUAUUACAAGGGCGUCAUCAUGCACGAGAUGAAUCAUGCUGUUGGGUUUUUCCACGAACAAAGCCGAUAUGAUCGAGACGAUUACAUACUAGUAAACUGGGAAAAUGUUCAAGAUGAUAAAACUAGAGAUUUUACUAAACAGCAAAAGAAUAUAAUGGAUACACUUGGAACUCUUUACGAUUAUGGCAGUAUCAUGCACUACGGCGCAACUAUAUUCUCUAAGAAUGGAAAACCAACGCUGGUGCCAAAGUUUAACACGCAUGGAACUAUGGGCCAGCGAUCCGGAUUUAGUGAAAUGGACAUCUGGAAAAUCAAAAAGCUCUAUGGUUGUGUAAAUGGCGAUCCACCCAUGCCAAAGUGGAAGCAACUAGAAGAAACGAGUACUAGUACCAUGGACCAAUCAACUGUUUUUCAACACUUGACUUCCGAUCAUGCGACCUAUUCUCAUUCCAUCUCUACGUCGUCAGCAACAGAAGGCACGUUGCUCCCCACGGAAUUACUUGCAUCAAGAAUGACGAUAUCUACAACACACAAACCGUGUCCCGAGGAAACGAAGCGUGAGUCAAUAUAGUUAUUUAUAUC